CGAACCCCUUGGCUCUUGGAGCUCUAUAAACUGAAGCAACCUCUUAGGAAAAUAAAGAACAAACCUUUUUCCUGGAAUGAAAUGAAAAGUCUUCGAAGAUUCUUGAUAUCGUAUGGGCUAUUUGCUUGCUAUGGGAAUGGACUCCCCUGUAUUGUACAAAUACCUACUUGUCCUCAGUACUUUUUGGGACAGACUUGGCAUUGAAUGUCUCUUGUGGCUAGACUGCUGCGCCACAUGUCCAUUUUGGGUUUGGGGUUGGCGGAUGGAAAAUCCAUCUACUCCUAAAUUAUUUAUCACUUCAACGGUUAUACCAAGUUGAUUUGAUACCAGCACUCCUCCCCAGUUGAGGGUUGAUUUUGCAUCCUGCAUUAUUAUAAGAUGCAACUUAAGUUUGCAAACUCCCUCUAGCCGAAGAUAGUCUGCUAAACAACUUGCUUUGAAGCAGUCGUGACCAGAAUAUUUUUUCGCUGGUUUUUUACGCCGUGCGGGUCGGCCUACCUCUCUAUUAUUUUCUAUUCACUCUACACAUCAAUUUAUGGUAUCUUCCAUUUCAACAAAUGACGGCCGAUCCUUCAGCAACUAAACGCCUUCACAUUACCCCUUUUACCCCAGACCUGCUUCCCUCCGUGCUACCUUCCUCAGUUCGACCCUUAGCCACGGAAAUAUCCUUCCAUUGUAUUCCGACAUUCCCGGAGAACAAUUACGGCUACGUGACGUUACCAGGGAUGGAGGCAGAUAAAAUCAAGAAGAAACUCAAUGGCUCCAUUCUGAAAGGCCGAAAGUUCAAGGUGGAUGUAGCUCGGCCGCAGAAAAGACACAGGGACGAAGACGAAUCCGAGCAGGCAACUUCCUAUGUGGAAACAACGUCAAGCAAGAAGUCUAAGAAGUCUAAGAAGCAAAAGCCCAAUGAUAAUACCUUAGAGGGAUAUGAGCUUCCGACAGAUCGCCAGGUAAAGAGGGGAUGGACUGAAUCAACAGGCUCAAUGAAAGAGAGGCGCAAAGAGGAGAAGAAACAGAAGAAGGGAAAGGAUGACAAGAAAGGAAAAUCACAGGCGAAGUCUAAGUAUACCGAGAAGGCAGAAUGUUUGUUCCGAACAAAAGUUCCUCCUAACCGAGCCUCGUCCGCCGAGGAGGAGCAAGACAAGCAGUCAAAGAAGAAAAAGAAGAGAUCCUCAGAGGAGUCUGUUGUCCAUGAGUUUUCUAAGACCGUCACACACCCGAGCUUCCUACGGACAGAUAACGACGGAGCGGCACCUACUUCGACUUUCGAAGAGGGGAAGGGCUGGGUUGAUAGUUCAGGAAAAAUAAAAGAACAGGAGAGCGACCGAGUUAGAAGUGCCGAAUACACACCAGGGAAAGUAGCGGGGGCAAAGGAGAAACCGAAGCGGUCCAAAUCUUCGCUGAAGGCUAAGACAAGUUGUCAAAUUUACGAAGAAGCAAAGGCCAUUGAAGGAAAAGUGACCCGGGACGAAUCGGAUGAUUGGACCUCAUCCAGCGGGGCAACGUCGUCUGACUACAAUGCUGCAGAUUCGGAGAGCGAGGAAAGCAUAAAGUCUAGUUCAUUGGAUGAGUCAGAUGUCCCUAGUAAUCAGGAGGAACAGGACACCCAGUCGACGCCUCGGAAAGUUGAAAAGCUCCCUGAACCCGAAGCAGAAGUAGAUGAAAGUGAAGUUCAAGAGGGAAAUGAUGAGCCGGGCUCCGAGGAAGUUCACCCAUUGGAAGCGCUAUUCAAGAGGCCCGCACCAGGUACUAAUGAAGGCAAGCUUGAAUCAGAUGCCAACGUGCAAUUCAGUUUCUUUGGACAGGGAGACCUGGAGUCCGAAGAAGAAACUCAGGAAGUUGUAGAGCCACAAACUCCUUUCACGAAGACGGAUCUGCAAAGCCGUGGACUGAGGAGUGCCGCUCCCACACCUGACACGGCGCUCGGUGGUCGAAACAAAAAGUGGAAUGACCUAGACCAGGAUGACCCCGUGGAUGUGGGUGACGAACCAUAUACCGACACCCCUGUUCCAAAGUCUGGCACCGGAUUGAAGGUUGAAUCUGAUUUUACAAAAUGGUUUUGGGAGAACCGUGGAGAUAACAAUCGAGCCUGGAAGAAAAGACGGCGGGAUGCUGCCAAAGAACAAAGGCAAAGGGAGAACAGGAGGAAAGGCAUGAAAGGGAAGUCAUAGGGUUAAAGCCCUUGGUUCUAGUAUAUAUAGCAUUUACAUGGCUAUGUCCUAGCCAUGUUAAUUGAGAUAUUCUCC